UUUUUUCAACUUUCUGACAAAAAAAAAUUAGCAGUCGAUUUUAAAAGGCAGUGUUUACCCCAAUCCUUGGUAAUAAGGUGAAAAUUUUGCGCGGAUCUUUGAAUUACAAUGGGUAAUUGUCUGAAAAUUAACAGUUCCGAUGAUAUUUCCCUACUGCGAGGCAGCGACAGUUUUAUCGGUCAGGAUGGCGGUCCAAUGCCAAUUUAUCAGCAUGAGCCCAUAACCCAAAUGUUUUACCCGGCCUCAUCUAGCAGCCCAGGGGCUGUUGCUGCUGCUAGUGGUACCAGCAGUCACUUGCCAGAGGAAGAUCAGAUAAAAAUAGCAAAGCGCAUUGGACUCGUUCAACAUCUGCCCAUUGGCAGCUACGAUGGAAACUCGAAGAAGGCACGCGAAUGUGUAAUUUGCAUGGUGGAGUUUUGUGUAGACGAGGCUGUGCGCUAUCUGCCUUGUAUGCACAUCUAUCAUGUCCACUGCAUCGACGACUGGUUAAUCCGGAGCCUCACCUGUCCCAGUUGCCUGGAGCCAGUAGAUGCGGCGUUAUUAACUAGCUAUGAAACAACAUAGCCUACUCAACACUAUUAAGAAAUACAAGGUUUUUUUUAAGCGUGAGAACUAUAUAAUUGUUCUGAAAAAAAUCAACAACUGUUAACAUAGCGCCAGACCGUAUAUUAUACCGUCACACUCGUGUCUUUCGAAAAAAUGUCAAAAA